AAAAGAAUUUUGAAUGAAAUAGUGUUUGUUCGUCACGAAGAAGUUCACCGUAAUAAGUUUUAUAUUUUUGACUAUCUUUUUAUGUGAUUCCUUACUUGUGUAUCCGAAUUGGAACAUUAACUGUUGAUAUCAUUUACGGAUGAGCCACAGAGAGCAAUAAAGUCCUCUGUGAACUAAGCGGUUGAUUAAUAAAUUACAAAUAGUUCCAGAGUAAUCGCUAUUACUGUGUCAAUCGGGAAAACAUGUCCUCCCCAAUUAGUUCCGCAUCGGAAUACAACAGUGCACUGGAUGAAAGUCUGGAUAUAUCACCCUUCAAUCCACGGAAGCUGGAUAUAUCCUUAACAGAAUCAGACAUCGAAAAUGUAAACCUUUCACAAGAGUGGAAUGCAUUAUUGAAACCAGACCAGAAAAAGAAGGCUGACCCUCGCGACGCUAGUCGGCUGCUUUUGGACAGUCUCAAAAAUAACAAUGUCGAUUCAAGCUCUCAGACGACGCUAGCUCCGAACAGAAGUCUAUCCGCAUCGUUGGAUGAUACACUGAACACCAUCACGACUGCAAGUACGAUUAGCCCGGAUGUUAGCGCACUCAGCAUUGGCGAUGGUGCUUCUACUUCUUCUGUUUUAUCAAGCUCAGACGAGGCGUCGCUUGUGACCAACGGAGAUGAGCUUGUUGUUCCGGACCAUAUAGCCCCAAAUGUCUCGCAGGUCUCCGAUGACAACGGUACCCCAUCCACGAAGGAUUCACGUGACACAACUCACAAUGUUUCACUGCUACCGGUUGACGAUGAUCAGCUCACAGUGACGACGACCGAACCAAUAGAACCCAAGGAGAAGGAUUCAAUCAAAAUUUACGAUUCUCAGGAUGAGUUCGAUCGGAAUCUUCCGGACACGGUCACACUGCUGACCACACCGGAGGGCAGCAAAGUGUACCUAGUAGGAACGGCACAUUUCAGCGAGAGUUCGCAGAACGACGUUUCGUUGGUGAUGCGAAAUGUACAACCGAACGUGGUCAUGCUGGAGCUGUGCCCGUCCCGAAUACACAUCUUAAAGUACGACGAACAGACACUGCUGGAGGAGGCCAAAGAUAUCAAUCUGGCAAAAAUACAAAGCAUCAUCAAACGGAACGGAGCCAUCAAUGGCUUGUUCUACAUUCUUCUGUUGAACAUGAGCGCAAAGAUCACUCAAAAACUCGGUAUGGCUCCGGGUGGCGAGUUCCGCCGGGCCGUCAAAGAAGCCGCACACAUUCCAAACUGCAUCAUUCAGCUGGGCGAUAGGCAGUUCAAUGUUACGCUUCAGCGCGCACUGCGUGGUUUGUCGCUGUGGCAAACGAUCAAACUCAUUCCGAAGCUACUAAUUAUGGACGACAUCAGCAGCGAAGAUGUGGAGCAAUGCAAACGGAAGGAUCUGCUGGAAGAAAUCAUGCUCGAAAUGGCCGGUGAAUUCCCCGCUUUCGGCAGAGUAUUCGUAGAGGAACGUGACCUGUACCUAUGCUACUCGCUGCAGGUGGCCGCCAUGCCUCAGCAAAUGCCCGACAACAGCGUUCAGCCGGUUAACGUCGUGGGAGUCGUUGGAAUUGGCCAUGCCGCCGGGAUUGCCAAGCACUGGGGCAAGGUGGAGCAUACCUCGAUUGCGUCAAUCGUCACCAUUCCACCGGCCAGUCUCAGCCAUCGGGCUGCCAAAUUGGUGCUCAAAUAUGGCACCUUGGGUCUGUGCGCUUACGGAGUGUUCCGGUUUAUGCGGCCCCGGCUAAGCAAAUGGUUAUGAUCAGUGGUCUAUUUUCUAGUGCUCGAGAGUUACUGAAGAACUAAUUUUUGACUGUUAUUAUUUCUUCUAAGGAAUUGAUGCCACUUCCGUGCGAACCUUGGUUGGUUCCUAUCCAUAUAGGUAUUCGUGUAUCUUUCUUCCAUAUCCAAGCUGUACAUUUAUUUAGGUGCACUUGGGAUAUUUUGUGCUUAAUUCGAUCCCAGAUCUAAUGCAAAUCAAAAUGUAGCGUAAUGGAACCAAACAAAGCAGUUAAUAUCAGCGGAAAAUCAAAUAGCAACAGGGUUAAUAAAUUCGUUAUAGUA